AGCGACCCAGAACAUCGAGAAACACACCAAACCCGGCUCAGGAGGAGAAGCACCUUGUGCGUCUCAUCUCUUCUCUGUUGCGGAGCAGGCGGACUUAACACCGUAACCGCAUACACCGCCCCCUCCCCACACACACACGCGUACCUCUUGCGUGCGGUGUGUAUCCAUUUACCUAUAUAUAUUGAUAAGCCUUAUUAUUACUUGUUAUUAUUAUUAUUCACUUUUUGUUGUUGGUUUCAUCAUUGCGUUGCUCGUCGCGGGAGGUGCGAUCAUACGUCUUAUUGUUAUUCCUACUGGCAUUACCCGUGGUGGCCUCCUUUUUGAGUUGCGCUCCUCUACGGAUUUGCGUGUGUCUGUGUGCGGAUCUCUUGUGGAAGCUGUUGUCAGGUUUGUUCACACCCUCCUCUUCGUUUGCUCUUUGAUUUACCGGCCGGUAUUUCUCCCUUCUUAAAGCGUAUAUAUAUUUCUCUAUUUUUAACUACAGCAAGCAAAUUAAAAAAAAAAGACUAGUAAGAAGCGAUAAACGUCAGGAACCGCUGCCCAUCAUGCAAGACUCCAACACGCUCAUCUUCGACGUGCCGGACGCCUUCGAGGUGGAGUCGAUCAUCGGCCAGGGCGCGUACGGCGCGGUCUGCAAGGCCGUGUUCUGCGAGGAUCAACUAGCCAUCAAGAAGAUCCCGCACUACUCACGCAGCGAGGACACCGCCCGGCGUGUGCUGCGGGAGAUUGAAAUUCUGCAGAACCUUCAGUUCUGUGAGCAGGUGGUGGGCUGCCGCCUCUUCUUCCGGCCCAAGAGCGAGGAGAAGGACGUCUACGUCGCGAUGGAUUACAUCCCGUCGGACUUGUCGUCGGUGAUCAAGAACGGCGCCAUCACGCUGGACGAGAGCGUCGUGCGGUACAUCACGUGUCAGCUCCUGUUAGCGCUGCGGGCGCUGCACCGCUGCAACGUCCUGCACCGCGACGUCAGCACUCGAAACAUCUUGAUCCACUACAACUCGCAGGUGUUCCUCUGCGACUUCGGGCUCAGCCGCUUCUUCGACCCCGAUGAGCAGCUCAGCUUCGGGGUCGUGACGCAGUGGUACCGUGCGCCGGAGAUUAUCCUCGAUGCGGCGUACAGCUACGCGAGCGAUGUGUGGAGUGUGGGGGUCAUUCUAGGUGAGCUGCUUCUCCGGCGACACCUCUUCCCCGGCAAGUCGAACGACUCCGCCAACCAGCUUCAGCUCAUCUUCCACCUGGUGGGGACGCCCUCGAAGGAGGUGUUUGAUGAAAGCCACAGCUACGGCCGGGCGAGCCAGAACGCGAAGAACUACGCGCUGGCGUACAUCGAGCGGCGUCCGUGCGCGUCGACGCUCGUGCAUUUGCUGUCCACCGCGCCCAUUCUCCACCACACCCCCGGUAGCGCGCUGCCGCCGCUCGCGGUGCAGCUGGCAGAGCAGCUUCUACAGUUUGAUCCGGCGAAGCGGCCUAGCGCGGACGACGCGCUGAAGCACCCGUGGUUCGACUCCUGCCGCGCCUUCAUCAACGAGGUGAUCGAACACCAGGACGAGGAGACGAUCCCGACCUUCACGCAGACGCAGAACAUGAACCUGGCGGAGCUGGUGAAGCGUAUUGAGGAGGUGGUGCCGGUGUUUUCGGAGGACUUGUUGGUGGAGGAUGAGCCGGCCGACGCGCCAGCCGGGAUAGGACAGGCACGCAGCUAG